GCAGGGCUGGGCAGGGGGGCCGGCCCCGCAGCGGGGUCCCGCAGGGCUCUGCGGGUGCUGGUGGACAUGGACGGGGUGCUGGCGGACUUCGAGGGAGGCUUCCUCAAGAAGUUCAGGGCCAGGUACCCCAACAAGCCCUACAUUGCCCUGGAGGACCGGAGGGGCUUCUGGGUGUCGGAGCAAUACGGGCGCCUGGGACCCGAGCUGAGUGAGAAAGCCAUCAGCAUCUGGGAAUCCAAGAACUUCUUCAUCGAGCUGGACCCACUCCCCGGGGCUGUGGAAGCUGUGAAGCAAAUGGCAAAUUUGGCAGACACCAACGUGUUCAUCUGCACAAGCCCGAUCAAGAAGUACCGCUACUGCCCUUAUGAGAAGUACGCCUGGGUGGAGAAGCACUUUGGCCCCGAGUUUCUCGAGCAGAUCGUUUUGACGCGAGAUAAGACGGUGGUUUCUGCUGACCUGCUUAUAGACGACAGACCUGAUAUAACAGGGGCCGAGCUGAACCCCAGCUGGGAGCACGUGCUUUUCACGGCCUGCCACAACAAGCACCUACAGCUGAAGCCCCCCAGCCGUAGGCUGCAGUCUUGGACCGACGACUGGAAGGCCAUUCUGGACAGCAAACGCCUGCCGCCCGGCCAGGCCGCCUAAACACCAGCUUCCCACAGCUGCCCAGGGCUGCGGCCACCCGCUCGUGUCCCUGUGGAGUCCUGCUAAAGGCUGAAACCGCAGAUGGACAGACAGACACACGCUGACCCUGCUACGGAGAGGAAGAGGACGGUGAGCUGAAGCACCGUGGCCACUCGGACCUGGAGAGUGGACCCCAGCCCGGCCGUGCCAUAAGGGACCAGCAGCAGGAUUGGCCUCGUGGACCCAGCUGCCUGGCUGGGGGGCGUUUCCCACGGGCUCCUGGGGUCUCUGUGCUGCAUCUGCACCCCCCCGCGAGGCCAGCCUGGUGUUUCUGAUGGACGAGGUCACCCUCAGCGUGUCACUGCCCUUGUCUGGUGCACCGUGUGGCACAGACCAGCUCUCCAUCCUCCUCUCUGCGUUACGGUCGGGGAUCAUGCGGGUGGUUUGUUUCGUCCUCGCAGGGCUACAGACCAAGGGGCUGCCUCGGGGGAUGUUUCCUCCCGGCCGGUGCCUGGGUCUGGGGAGAGGGGCGGCUGGAAGGGCAGGGGGAGCAGGCGGACGCUGCCCAGGCUCCCUGCACCAGCUCAGCUGUGCUGUUCCUUGCAGCAGAUGCAAUGGCUAUGUGCUUCCCUGCAGGAAGAGUCCCUGCAGCGGGAUAUGGGGACAGUACCACUCCUCCCGUGGAUCUGGCCAUGGGGAGAGAGCCCUGAGGCACUGUCACAGCUGAGAUGUAGCCAUCCUCCAGCUGGCAGGAGGUAUUCCCGC